GGCAUAGGAGCAAGGGCUGGUGGGAGACCUGAGCGCUCCCGGCGAAGGGGGCCGCAGCACCUGAUGGAGAACAAAUGGCUGCUUCCGCACGUGGAGAACUUUUAACGAACACGUGAGGGAAGAAAGGCAAAGUCUGUGGAAAAUUUACUUCACAACUCUGGCGCCCAGCCCCUUGGCGACACCCUGUUUGCUGUGUUCCCAGGGUCUUUGCCCACUCCCAUUGUUGCCUCGCUCCCGGCCCCACGGCUAGAGCACAGCUCUCUCAAGCAGCCCCCGCCCUCGGCGGCCUGGUUUGGGAAGCCCUCCCGGAGGCAGCCACGCGGGCCGUCUGCGCCUGCUCCGCGCCCAGGGCCCCGCGGCGGGGCGGGGCCGUUGAGGAAGGGGCGUGUCUCCCGCUGUUGCGCGGGGGGCGGUGCCCCGCGGCCUGACCUGCCCAGGCGCCGGGUCCUCUGACGUCACCUCGCCGUGACGCGUACGCGGUAGGAAAACUGACUAAUGAAAAGAAUUCACCAUAUCUUAGGACUUUUUACUGGAGCCUUAGGACAUAGUUUUGGGAGCAAAUGACAUGUUCCUGUGAAGCACUGUAUAUGUCAGCAGCUACUGAUGGAUAGGGACACAGAGUACCUAUUCCAGCCCUGGCCUCAUCCCUGAGAGCUUCCCUCUAACACAGCUCAGGAUAAAGAUGAAUGCCAUGUCUCAGCCAACACUGAAAACGUGAAGUUUAGAAGACGUUUGCUAAGUCGAGUCAACUCACGACAGCUGUUAUUCAAGUCAGCGACAUCAUAAUGCAGAGUUCAUUUUCAGUACUACCGAAAGAUCAAGUAGAUGUCUCCCUGCUCCCCAGUCCUGUGGAGAAACUGCUGACUCAGAAGAUGUUGGAAUCUCCUGGAAAGACAACUUGUACAGGCGAACCAAAUAUCCCUCCUGGGGCGAUUCACGGUGGGAAAGGCCUGCAGAAUAAGAGUCAGUUUAGAACCAUCGCUCCAAAGAUUGCACCCCAAGUCUUGGCACCCAGAGUGCUGCCGGGCCCGGCGCCCUCACUCUCUGAUCAGGCGAAUCCAGGCCCUUCCCUCGGCUCCACGCCCCUGGGGAUGCCCCCGCAGAAUUACGCGCUGAUGCAGGUGGCCGGCCAGGAAGGGACCUUCUCGCUGGUCGCUCUGCCGCACGUAGCCUCAGCUCAGCCGAUCCAGAAACCCCGGCUGCCUCUGCCGGAGAACCUAAAGCUGCCCAUCCCCCGGUACCAGCCUCCGAGACCCGGCAAAGGAGUCAGAAAGAAGCCGGGGCUCGGUUCCUCCUCCGAGAGGGGUUGCAGCAAACCUGCCCAAACCCAAGCAGCCCCUUCCCCACCUGAGCAUCCUGAGCCCCCACACAAGCCCAGGCCACCCAAGCCGGCACCAGACCAAGCCCCAGCUGCGCUGACCAACAGGAGUGGCCACCGAGACCCCGGGCCUCCAGGGUCCAGCAACCACGGAGGUCGGACUCCUCCUGCCACCCCAGCACUGGCCACACCAGAGGAGCCCUCCGCCGAGCAGGGCCUCCUGAAGAGUUCAGGAAGAGCGAAAGUUCCAGGCAAGAAAACCCCCAGGAAACUUUCUGCUGUCGCCAGUGAAAAACCUCAAGAACCGGUCGAUCCCACCAAAGCCAUUUUGUCGUCACCAGGCGUCAUUGGAAAUGCGGUCCAGGUGCCCUCUUCCAUCCCCAGAGGUAAACUGCCCAUCCUGCCCUACUCGAGAGUGAAGACGGCGCAGGUUUACAGGAGCGGAGCCGCUGUGAACACUGCGCAUGUCCCCUUCCCUGGGCUCAGGACUGCCAGGGACCAGACCCCCUCCACCCCAGAAGGCUUCCGUGCGGCCCCCCAGGUGGGGGACAGGGGACCUGCCCCACCGGCUCCUGGGCAGAGCCCCGGUGACACUGCCUUCUGCCCAGCCAGCAAGCCCGACCUCAACCACAGAACAAAACUGAACGGUGAGACAGUGAAGAGAAGAGGAAGAAAACGCAAGGGCCCAGACGAUCUUCUGACAUUUCAGGGGAAAAGGUGGAAAUGUGUCCUUAGUUGUAAAGACAGCAAAGAAAGAGUCAAAAGUGAUCCCCAAGAAGCCAGGAACCAAAAACCGGGGGCCGUGAAAAAAUACCGGAGCAUCAUGCCCAAACCUGUCCCCGUCCUGCCAGCCCUGGCCUCGCCUCCAGCCGCCCUCCAGCCCCCGCCACCCGGGAGCCUGGUGUCUUUCGAUCACUCCCUAGCCCCCAAGCAUCUGGACUGGAAGGAGGACGGCCAGCCCCCAAAGCCCGACUCUGCCUUCAGAAACGGGUUCUCCGGCCUCAGGAAGACUUGGCACCGGAGCCACGUGUGUGACAACCCCUUCUCCUCCAAGCAGCACCUCCGCGAGCACACGAGCGCACCCCCGGACAGCCGGCCUUACAGCUGCCGGCUCUGCCGGAAGGUGUACAAGCGGCGGGGCAGCCUGAGCGCGCAUGUGCGGCUGCACCACGGGGACUCCCGGCCCAGGAAGCUUGUGUGCUGCGAGUUCUGCGCCAAGGUGUUCGGCCACAUCAGAGUCUACUUCGGCCACCUGAAAGAGGUGCACGGUGUGGCCAUCAGUACCGAGCCCUGCCCCUGCGAGCCGCAGCCGGGGGACCUGCCGAGGACCAGAGAGCAGACCCCUUGUGAGGUGGAGGGACUGGUGGACAGGGAGACCAAGUCCAACCUGGAAGAAGACCUCCUCAUGAACCAGAAUGAUGAGGCCAGGUUCCAGAUCAGAUGUGGUCGCUGUCAGAUCACUGCCCAGUCUCUGGCUGAAAUCAAGUUCCACCUGCUUUCCAUUCAUGGCGAGGAAAUCCAGGGCCAAAUGCCAGAGGAGAGCUCACCCUCCCUGGGAAGCAGAGCAGCUCAGGGAGAACUGACUAAACAGGCUGCUCCUUUCUGGAAACGUCCUGAGAGAAGGAAGCUGCUAAGGCAUCAUCCCUCGGCCGGGGAGCUCUGUGCAGUCCCCAGACUGAAAAGACAACUCUACCUCCAUCAUCAGAACGACGUGGAAGCCCUCACGAAACAGGAACGAGCGCAGCCAGGACCCAGUGAGCCCAGGGGAGACCCCCAGGGCCCCAAGUGUCCUGGCCCCCAGGCUGCCCUGCCUCUGCCCCAGCCUGGCUUCAACUGUGUCCUUUGUGCGCAGAUACUAGGAAGCAAAGAAGAGCUACUUCUGCACUGGGAGUGGCAGCACAAGUGUGAGGACCCCCCCAAACUGUGGACGAUUUUCAGCACGCUCUCCAGCCAGGGAGUUGUCCAACUUUCCAGCGAAACCAGAAAAUGAAACACGGGGUCGGGGGUUAAGGAGAGGUGUGUGCUCAGCUGCCUCUGUUUCGUGGAGGUGCUUAAACACCAGAAUCCAACAAGUUAGGAUCAGCAUUAAGUAGCAGGAGUGAUCUUUGUACAUAGUCUUAUUUUAUUAUGGAAUAUGUAUGUACAUAUGCUCUUGAUGCAUAUUUUUCUAACAUAUACAGUUUUAUUUGAAAAUCCUAUAUCCUGUUAAUGUCUGAGACUUAUUUCAGAUUCAAUAAAAAGAUAAAUUUGCAGACUGAAA